UUUAUUUGUGUGUGUGCAACGUGAAAGUUGAGUAUGUGCAUGCUUUUUAUGUGUGUGUGUAUGUGUGUGUGUGUGUGUGCAACAUGAAAGUUGAGUAUGUGCACCCUGGUGUUUUGCAAUAACCAUGUAAAUCAGAGGGAGGAAACAAACCUAACCACAGAGCUGCAGUAAGAGGCAGAGCAACGCUGGAAAGAGGAGAGCUUCAACGUCACACUCCAGAAAUGAAAGUGAAGUUUGUCAGAGAGUCAGCCACGCUGCAGUCGAGACAAGUCUCUGUUUCUCUCUGAAAGAAAACUCAAACUGACUUCAUCAGGUCUUUCUCAACAACACAGCAGAGUCUCUGCCAAACACUGAUAUGGCUGCUGCAAACUAUCUGCCAUCUGAAUAUCAGUUUCUGUGCUCCGUCUGUCUGGAUGUGUUCACUGAUCCUGUCACCACAUCAUGUGGUCACAACUUCUGCAAAAACUGCAUCACUGAACACUGGGAUGCAAAUGACCAGUACCUGUGUCCGAUGUGUAAAAAGGUUUUCAACACAAAACCUGAGCUGCUCAUCAACAGUUUGUUCUCUGAGAUGGUUGCUCAGUUCAGACAGUCAGCUCAACAGAAAGCCAGCAGCAGCAGCUCAGAGCAACAAGUGUCCAAACCAGGAGAAGUUCCCUGUGACGUCUGCACUGGAACCAAACUGAAGGCCCUGAAGUCCUGCCUGGUGUGUCUGGUCUCCUACUGUGAGACUCACCUGGAGCCUCAUCUGACCAUGUCAGGUCUGAAAAGACAUCAGCUGAUCGACCCGGUGGAGAACCUGGAAGGCAGGAUGUGUACGAAGCACGAUAAACCUCUGGAGCUGUUCUGUAAGACCGACCAGACAUGUGUCUGCAUGCUCUGCACUGUUUUAGACCACAAGAUGCAUGAUGUUGUUCCUCUGAAAGAAGAAUAUGAAGAACAGAAGGCAGAGCUGGGGAAGACAGAGGCUGAAAUUCAGCAGAUGAUCCAGAAGAGACGACUGAAGAUUCAGGAGAUCAAACACUCAGUGGACCUCAGUGAGGAAGAUGCAGACAGAGAGAUAGCAGAAGGUGUUCAGGUCUUCACUUCUCUGAAGGAGUCUGUUGAGAGAGGCCUGAAUGAGCUCAUCAACACGAUCAAAGAGAAGCAGAAAACAACAGAAAAACAGGCUGAAGCUUUGAUCAAAGAGCUGGAACAGGAAAUCUCUGAGCUGAUGAAGAGAAGCACUGAGAUGGAGCAGGUGUUACGCUCUGAAGACCACCUCCAUCUUAUCCAGAGUGUCCAGUCCCUAAACAACCAAAAACCUCCACCCACCAAGGACUGGACAGAGGUCAGCGUCCGUCCAACAUAUGAAGGGACUGUGGUGAAAGCUGUGGUUCAGCUGGAGGAGACACUCAGUGAAGAGAUGAAGAAGCUGCUCGCUGAGUCUGAGCUGAAGAGGUUCCAACAGUAUUCAGUGGAUGUGAGUCUUGAUCCUGAUACCGCACAUCCUCAACUCAUACUGUCUGAUGAUGGGAAACAAGUGAAUGACAGUGAUGUGUGGAAGAAUCUCCCAGAGAACCAAGAGAGAUUUUCUUAUGGUCUUUGUGUUUUAGGAAAGCAGAGUUUCUCUUCAGGCAGAUUUUACUUUGAGGUUCAAGUUAAAGGAAAGACUAAAUGGGAUUUAGGAGUGGCCAGAGAGUCAGUCAACAGGAAGGGAAGCAUCACACUGAGCCCUGAGAAUGGUAACUGGACUAUAGUGUUAAGAAAUGGAAAUGAGUACAAAGCUGCUGCUGACCUUCCAGUCCUUCUCUCUCUGAAGUCUCAGCCUCAGAAGGUGGGGGUGUUUGUGGAUUAUGAGGAGGGUCUGGUCUCCUUUUAUGACGUAGAUGCUGCAGCUCUUAUCUACUCCUUUACUGGCUGCUCCUUCACUGAGAAACUCUUCCCAUUCUUCAAUCCCUGUAAUAAUGAUGGUGGUAAAAACUCUGCCCCUCUGAUCAUCUCUCCUGUCAGAGUAAACUAGUCACUGAUCUUAUUUCAUGUAUUAAAUAACUGCUAUUCAAGGGAAGAAAUUUACAUUUUAUAAUUUACAUCUUAUUUGUUUACAGAAUCUGUUUCCUGUGGUGAUUGAUUUACACUUUUUUGAUUGAUUAUUAUAUGUGUCCCAUUACAUAGGACACAAAUUGAUUUGAUGCAUUCAUCUCUUCAACUCUACAUCAUGACCGAAUUUCUAUUUAAACCCACAGACAUUUUUUCACUUUCAAAGAAUCACUAAUAAAUGUUUCUAAAGUGAAUUGGGUAUUCUUUGCACACACAAAAAAUGUAGAUUUCUUUUAAUUUUUUAAUUUGAUAUGCAGCCAAAGAAAAAUUAUUAUUGAAUAUUUGAUUGUGUUAACUUAAAUUUAAGAGUAGGGCCUUUUUUAGCGUCUACAGAACACAUGUCGAUAUACUGGGUAUAAAAAGUUAAUGAACAUUUCUAUUUUUUUAUUGUUUGGGUUUUUUACUGGUGACUUUUUGUUUUGUGAAUACUGGUAAGACAGCUU